AUGAGGGCUCACAGGCGUCUGGUGUGGUAUCGGCCACGGGACAUCGAACAUGUACUGCUGUUCCGCUGCUUCCAGAAGGACACUCUCCAUCUUCCAUCUACCGGUAAGAUCUUACUUCCGCUGGCUAAAUCCACCAAGCAAAACACGCCUUCUGUAGCUGAUUGCCCUCCCCCUCACCCCAUGCUGGAGUGGCCUCCGCUCCGAACCCUCGGCCCCACCAGCCCACUGGCGGGCAGAUUUCUCACCUUGAUGAGAUGGGGUUACUGGCAUAACAAGAAGCAACAAGAGGAUAAGAAAGGGAAUAUCAACAUCUUCUAUAAAGCAACUUUCUCUACCGCCUACGAAGAAGAUGAGAGGGCCAUCACGCAGAUUGUGAAGAGGAACAUCAAGCCUUCCGACCCUGACAGACAACAACAGCAGCAGCAGCAACAGCAACAACAGCAGCAACAGCAACAGCAACAACAACAGCAACAGCAACAAGAACAACAACACCAACAAUAUCAACAAGACACACAACACACAGUCAUGGCUAACACACAACAAACACCACACUCACUUAACUCCUGCAAAACAGACAGGCACGAAACAAUGCAUACACAAGAAAACAACACUUCACAUGACCCAAGCAUGCUCCCACUGGAAAAAAUCUCUGGUCAAGCCAUAGGACUUCAGAUCAUCACCAAGAAAAGCAAAGGCUGGCCCAAAUAA